AUGACUCCGCCGCCGCAGCCCAAACCGCCCAGUCCUAAGGAAUUCUGGGGGUAUCUGAUCAGUCGGGAACAGCCGACGCAGCCGACGCCGCUGUUUCGGAAUUUAUUGAUCGCUAUCGCAAAUUACAUUACAGAAAAGUUAGAACCUUUAGAAGUACGGUGCUUAACGCCGGAAAAGAUCUCAAGCUUUUAUCAUAAUGUUGGAGGUGACCUUGAUGAUUUGUUCCUCUCAACACCGCCGGACGCAUUAUCGUCAAUCUACACCACCCUAGGUUGCUCACAUACACUCCAACCAAGUCCUAGGGAUGACUUUGUCCCACCAUCCAUCCCCGCACUAACAUCACGCGGCUUCGUUACAUGGCAGACUAUUCAACUACUGCUCGAUCCUGUGGAACACGUGCCUUACCUGCAAGAAGCAGUUCGCGUUUUCCCACUUCAAAAUCCAGAGUCAGGAGAGUUCUUCCCACGGGAAAUACCUUCUGAGGCGUUUCCAUCAGCGCCAGACCAAGAAACAGUCAGAUGGCACGAUGAAAUGUUUGAAAAGAAGAAGGAGAGGGAUGCAUUGAAAGAGGCCACAGCUGCUGCAGCCGCUGCAACCGCCCCGGCGAGUAAGCAUGGAAAGGUACAGGUUCCGGUGGGUGGGGAACAUGUGGAGCAACCCCCCGCACAAGAAUACCACCGGCAUCAUCACCACUAUGCGCCACAACCGCAACAAUACCAGGAACAUUAUGUAAGUUCCCGGAGUCGAAAAUCCAGGCGAGCGCCGGCACCAGCGCCAGAACCUCCGAUAGAAACGGAGCGCUAUUCGAGAAGCGCACCAGGCGUGUCAGAUGCCAAUAAUCCGUUUACGCAUCAUUCUAGACACCAUGGUAACCAUGUAUCUUCAGAAACAGUAUUCGCUUCUGAUGGCGAAGGUGGACAUCCGCAUAGUAGACAUCAGUCGAGACAUCACUCUCGUAGAGGAACAAGGGAACGAGAGUUUGUGAAGCCUUAUCACUACGAAAAUGGCGUCGUGACGCCUAUUGCCCCAAUUUUCACUACCGAGCCGGUCUAUGUAGAAGGGAUUCGCAUACUCAACGACCAAAUUCCUUCCUCUCCUCCAUUAGGUGGUGCCCAGCAUUAUCACUACCAUGCCCCCACAGUCACUGCCGAGCGCCCGGGUUCAUGUUCAUCCAGUAACAGCGACCUCCAUGGCACUUACCACAACCAUUACCAUAGCCACCACCAAUCUCCAGAGCACCUCUCCCACGGCCGCCACCGCGAUCGUUCCCGCCCAUCACGGUCCUCAUCCCCAAUUCACGGUGAACCAAUUCUUCGGAAAAGUGUUAGUGCGUACUAUCCUGGUCCGGAACCACCUAUUCAUGCGCACUCUCACUCGCGCUCCCGCUCUGGCAGCUCCGGAAGACGCAUUCGCCGUGAGGUUGUGUCGGAUAUGGACAGCGAUGUAUCCGACGUGUACAUCAACGGCGGUGGCUCAGGGUGGACUCUUCACAAUGAGCGGGUAAGACUUGACGAGGAAGAACGACUAAGGAGCAAGGAACAGGAAAAGUUGGAAAAAACAUCGUAG